CAGUUCUCAAACUUUCACAAUCUCUUGCUCUAUCAAAGCACUGUAUCCAAUCCAAACACAAUGGCGAUCAUCUUUGAGGAUAAAAGCGUUGAGAAAAAUGACAUUGACAAAGGAUUGCGGUUUCCUAGUGAUGCCAAAAUAGGAAAUCUUCCAUUUGAUUGCAGCAACGACGGUCAGUUAGGACAGUUGCAGGUUAUAGAUGAGAACGGUUUUCCGUGGACGCUUGCCUGCAGAAAACAGAACGGAAUUAUCUAUUUCACUGAUGGUUGGAAGAAGUUCAGUAAAGGCAUUAGAGUUGGUCACAGGAUCACCCUUUACAAAGAAGAUGACUCCUUCGGCCCUGGAGGAGCUCAAUACAAGAUUACAGUGAGGAAAAACUGAGAACAGGGAUUGAAUAUUGUUGGCUUUAAUUUAAUUAGAUGAAAUAUUUUUAAUUCCCCUCUCCAUUUACCUCCUACCAAUUAAAUUGUAAUAAGUUCUAAGUCUGUUCUAGUAUAAUUUAGGUUGUGAUACUCUGUUAUCCUUAAUUUGUAUUAUGAUUUUGUCUAUUAUAUGUAGACUUCAUUUGAAUUAUUACAGACUUUAUAUGGUUUUGCCAUCAAAUGUAGAAGAAUGUUUAUGCAAUUAAAGCUUCACCUUCCUUGCUGAGAAAAUAAAUCAAAAUUCUUCUU